CAUUUUCUCCUUAUUUAAGACAGCAAAAAUAUAGCUUAUAGCUAUAUUUUAGCCACAGCGGAUACUGAUGUAUUUUCUCAGCAGGGCAAACUGUUAGCUGGAAAUAUGGGAAGCGUUAAUGAGUUCGCCUUUCCGGCUGGAGACGAAAGCGACGCCAGCAACGACGAGUGGGACAUUGGCUCCUUUUCGGAAAACAAGACUUAUGGCAUAAAGGACUUAGCCUCUGCUGAGGUGGGUUCAGGCGACAAAGUCUCUGUGCUGAAAAAAGCCAUCAGUGAAGGAGACACCGAUACUAUUAAACAACUGUUGGACAAUGGCCUGGAUGUGGAAACCAGGCUGGGCUUUGGAUGGACUCCUCUCAUGUACGCCGUCAGUGUGGCGAACUGCAACCUGGCCAGGCUGCUGUUGGACAGAGGAGCCAGUGCCAAUUUCAGCAAAGAUUGUUGGACUGUGCUCAUGGCCAGUUGUACUGCCUCUAGUAGUGAAGACAAAAUAGCACAUUGCGUCGAGCUUCUGCUGUCCAGGUCCGCAGAUCCCAACAUGGUGGACAGGUCUCAAAUGACAUGCCUAAUGUUGGCAGCCAGAGAUGGCCUCUGUAAGGUGAUAAACCUACUGGUGUCCCAUGGGGCAGAAAUCAACGUCCAGGACAGUAAAGGAUACACAGCCUUGUCCAUAGCAGUUCAGUAUGGCAAAGAACAGGCAGUGUUAAAGCUCCUCCAGCUGGGAGCUGACAAAACCAUAAGGACAAAGACUGGUGAAAGCCCUGCUGAUCUAGCUGAGAUGUUCAGACACACCCAGAUAGGCCGGAUUUUAAAUUCAUCCUCCAAACUCUCUGCUGUCUCAGCCUGCUCUUCGUCUGUGGAAGAGAGACUAGCUAAGCUGUUUAAAACAAACUCUGUUCUUUCUUCUGCGGAAAGUUCAACAAAGUUUGAUGAACUUGAACUUCUCCUGCAUGGCCUUAAUCUGGGGUACCUCAAUGACAUUAUGGCUGAAAACGACAUCACCUGGAGUUACCUGUUGACCAUGGAGAAGGAGGACUUUGAAAAGAUUGGCAUUACCAACCCAGUGGACCAGCAGAAGGUGUUGAGCGCUGUGCAGCAGAUGCACCUGGACAAAGUAGACCUAGACAAGAUCCAACUGGGAACUGGAGAGAAUGGGUGUGAAGAUCUGCAAAACUUCCUCCUAAGUGUGCGUCAUCAGUGCUGCUACCUGACGGAGAUGCUUCAGGAUGUCAUCAGCCGUUUCCCCCGUCAGGCCUCUCAGCUGGUCAUCUCUCUGGACCCGAAGAAGGAAGCACAGACUGUCUGCAGGCAGCUGGUUGUCCAAACUAAAGACCUGCAGAAGGAAGUCAGCUGCCUUCACAAUCUGCUUUGCCAGAUGGACGCAGCUAAGGAUUGCUGUCAGCUUCCUGAGCCUGAUUCCCGGCAGAGAGCCUGGACCUGGGCUCUGACUGGAGUUGGUGUGAGCAUGCUGGGAGCCGCUCUCUUCCUGUUCCUCUGCAAACCUUCAAGGGCUGUAUGAACACAAGAACAAACAUACAGCAGUGAAAGGAUUCAUUCUAAUGUCUUAUUUGAUUACUGUAAGAUAUAUAAAACAGGGUUACAUUAUAGGCAUGCUUGGUAGGUUUAACUUGUCUUCCUUCUGUUUUCUUCUUAUAAUUAGUUUGAUUUUGCUCUUAAAAGUGUUUUGAGUUAGGCUUAAGGUUAACCAAGAGAUUUUGCCUCUGCUACUAAAUAAAAAUUUGGGACAUUUUCACUUUAAUUUUUUUUCCCACAUUAAUAAGAAGUUCAGCCUCUUUGUUUGAAUCAAACAACAAAACAUCAAGAGUGCGGUGAUGGCGCAGGAGUAAAGUCCUCAACGCAGCCAGCAGCGGUUUGAGUCCUGGCUUAUCUCAACCCGCUUUCUGACCAGUCUCCAAUAAAGACCAUUGGAACCAGAAAAAUACCUUAAAAAAAGAGAAACAAAUGUAGACAUCUUAGCUAUUUAGCAGUGAAACUUCCCAUUAGAAGUUCAAAAAGACAUUCCUAGUUUGUAGUUGAGGUUUUCAGUGGAGGUACAGAUCAGGCUGAUUUUUUUUCCUUUUUGCCUCAGAGAAAACACUGUAAACAUUAAAGAUUAUUUGUAGAAAGAUUUUAAUACAAUAAUAGUUCUAAGAUUAUAGCCAUUUAUCCCUAACUUUCUCGUUAAACUAUAAAGUCAAUUUUGUAGAUUUGUUUGUUUAUUUGUAGAAAAUAGAGGAAAAAGAUUUUGUGUUUUCAGUUGUUCAUCUGCUGAUCAUUUUGAUCUCUGACUGGUUAUCUGAAAAUCUUGUCCUGAAAUAAAGUUUAUUUGAUGUGG